AUGGGUGAUAUAUGCAAAAAUGAUAUGAAAGUGGAUUUAAGAGACGAAACGAUUGAGAACACUUUAAAUGAUCUAAGAUUUCAAAUAUCAGUAUUAAAACAACAAAAUAUCAAUAUCAAAAUGAAAUUGGACGAAGAUAUAAAUAAAGGUUGUGCAAUGACAAAGUUGUUACAAAAAAGGAAGCCAUUUAGACAAACAAAAACUGGCGAAGUAAUAUUUCCCGGGAAAAAAGAAAUGGAUUUUAAACUAGAUGUAAUGACAAGAGAAAUUUUGAAGUUAAGAACGGUUUUAAAUGGCUUGAAAAAAAACCGCAAUCAGCUAAAUUUAGCUAGAAACAAUAAAACCAAUUCUAACUGUUCUGAGUCUAAUAAUGAAGACAAUAACAUAAAUAAAAAGUUGAGCGAAGAACUAUGUAAACAAUAUAACACAAUGAAAGACACAUUUGACAAUGUUGUAUUAGAAAUAUCAAAGUACCGGGUACGAACAGACCUUAAAACAGAAGAAAUGGAAAUCAAUAAUGCAAAAUUGAUAAAAACACAAGAAGAAUUUUACAAUGCAGUCACAACAUUAGCACAGAUAGAAUCGAACACUUAUGACGAUGUGGAGAUUGUACGAAAAGAAUUUAAUGAUGUCAAAGACCGCUUAGAUGGUUUGAAAUUGGAGGCUGAACAUCAAAUUGACGAGUUAAACGCUAUAAACGAAUCGUACAUGAACGGUCUUCAAGAAAAAGAGUAUCAAAUAAUUCGAUCCAAUAACUUGUACAAAGAAAAGGAAAAGCUCACAGCAGAAUUCGAAUCUGAAUUCAAUCGGCAUAAAGAAUAUUUUAAAAAAAGGGUAAGUCAAGUAGAAUUUUUGCCUGCUGCAUUACAGGCAGUUCAAAAACAGAUGAUCUUCGAAAAAGAAUUAAGAACAUCAGUGGAACGAAAUGUUGAAAUUCUCAGUAAAAAGCUAAAAACAACUAUAAAUGAUUCUUGUAAUAACUCUCUUGACACAAAUCAAUCAUUGAAGUCUAAAGCUCAACAUCUGAAAAUCAAACAAAUGGAAUUGGAAACUAUUUUAGCAGAAAAACUACGUUGUUGUGAUGAAAUAAAAACAUAUAAGUAUCAACAAAAAUCUGUACUAGACAAGAUAAAAUCCGAAACAAAGUUAAAAAUAAAUGAUUUACGUCGUGUUUUAAAAGCACCAGCUGAGGAAUACUUAAAUACCAUCAAUAAACUUCAAAAUCAGAUAUCAAAGAUCGAGGCAUAUUCUUGUUUUGAAAACGAACAAUUAACACAUAUGUCUUCGAUCAUGCAAAAACCAAUCGAAGCAUUAGCUAGUAUUUUAAAAGAAGCAAAAGAACAAAUCACUGUAAUAGGAAAUAUACAGAAUGUACUUACUGACACCAAAAAAAUAUGUUCGUAACAUUUCGGAUUAAAAUUAAGUUUGGUUAAAGCC